UAAGGGAAUCGGAAAAAAUGCGUAUCGAGGCUUCCCGAAUUAUUUUGACAUCAUUAUUUUGAAAUACUAUAUAGCCCGAUUUUGCUUUGAGAUAUUAUGGCUGUUUAAAUAUAAAUUGAAAUACCUGUUUCAUGUUUGUCCUCGAAGGAUGAGACGACUUAUUGAUUUGACGGCUGUUUAAAUAGACGAUAUAUAUUCAAGUUGAUAGAAGAUACAAGAAAAUUUGCAGUUGUUAAAUCAUCUAGUUUUGCACAAUAACAUGUCUGAUUCUAUAUCAAAAGAGAGUAUAUCAAUUCAAAAGAGUAGUCUGGUUAUAUCCCAGGAUUCGAAUUCAAUGUCAUCACCACUACCACAAUCACAGGGAAAUGUCCAUCUAUCCACCUUGGAUACCAUCCCACAAUCCAUAACUAGACCAACUUCAUCAAAACCAGAUGACGAAGAAGCACAACUUGGCAGCGAAGAAGAAGAGGAAGACAUAAUAGAAGUAAAAGAUCCAGCACCAGUCUUACCAAUGAAUAGUGGUUAUUCAUGGGUAGUAUUAACAUGUGCCUUCUUCAUCAACUUCUGUGCAUGGGGGAAUAAUUCAGCAUUUGCAGUUUAUUUUGCAUAUUAUAGUAGUCAUAAUGAUACCCUUUAUAAAGGAGCAACUGGAGUUGAUUUUGCUGCUAUUGGAGGUAUAACAUUUGGAGUUGGACUUUUAUUUGCUCCUUUAAUUAACUUUAUAACUGGUAAAAUCGGAUCACGAGGAGCCUUAUCAAUUGGGAAUGUAAUUCAAUUUGUGGCAUUAUUCUUAACUAGUUUUGAUUCUCAUAAUCAACUUUGGCAAUUAUAUUUAACUCAAGGACUUUUACAAUCUUUUGGAUUGGCAUUUUUAGGUAUACCAUGUUUCACAAUCUUACCUCAAUGGUUUAACAAUAAACCUAUUGGGGAAAAAUAUAUCAUAUCCGAUAGAAUGUUAACUUUAUCACAAGGGUUAGCAUCUGCUGGGUCAGGAGCAGGUGGGAUACUUUUCAAUUUAGGUAUGCAAAAGGUUUUACAAGUGUAUGAUGUUAGAUGGGCAUUAAGAGUUCAAUCAUUCAUAUCAAUAUUUGUGGUUUCAUUGUCGAUAUUCUUUUUAAGAGUUCGUAAAAAUCCAAAUGUUAAAAUUGCAUUCACAUUCUUUAAUAAAGAUGUAUUCUUCUUCCCUGGUUUCUGGGGUGGAGUGUUAUAUUUGGUAUUUGCCAUGUUUGGGUAUGUUGUCCUUUUAUAUAGUCUUGCAGAUUGGACACUUUCACUUGGAUAUAGUGAAUAUCAAGGAUCAAUCGUGGCUGCAUUGAUAUCGUUGGGGAUUAUGAUUGGUAGACCCAUUGUGGGAUUAUUAUCCGAUAGAUUUGGUGCUAUAUCUACUGCUGCUUAUCUGUAUUUAAUAUGUGCAAUUUUGUCAUUAGCAAUGUGGAUCCCAGCUAGAAAUUAUGCUACUGCUAUUGCAUUAGGUAUAUUAACUGGAGCUGUUAGUGGUACUGUAUUCCCAACUGUGGCCACUAUAACUUUAAACAUUGUUAAUUUUAGAUUUAGUAAAUUUAAUGUCACAUUUUACAUGGAAUGGGUAUUUUUAGGAGCAGCUGCUAUAGUUUCACCAGUGAUUGGGAUUGCAUUAAAGAAAUCAGAAUUAGGACCAACGCAAUAUGCUCAUUGUUCCAUAUUUGUUGGUAUAUCAUUCAUUUGUAUAUUCAUUGAAUUAAUGAUAUUAAGAGGAUUCAUCAUUUCAACUAGAGAAAUCGCUACCAAGGAAAUGACUGAUGAAGAAUAUUUCGGUAUUAGACCUAGUAUGUCAAGAAUCAUUACUAAUACUUUCAGAUUUAAAGGUGUUGAAGGUAUAUGAUAAUAUAAUAGCUGAAAUUUUUGUUAUGUCACCAAUUAGACAUAUUUCCAACUAGUCAUAUAUCCAUUAUGACUUUGAGUCACGUAUAAGAGCCAUAUGAUUCACACUCAUUAGCAUUAACUUAUUUAUUAUAUACCAUACGGCCGCAUAACUUAUUAUAGAAUAGAGUACAAAUACAUAUUAAUUACUAAUCAGAUGUGUAGAUGUUGCAAAAAUGGCAGGACUUUCAAUAAACUAGUCAAAGCCCGUCGAUUAUAUCCACACAAUUUUACAAAAGCGGCUAGCACGUCAAUUCAGUAAUUAUCCUGAUAGCCGCAAAUUAUCCACGGAAAAUUUUUCCGCUCUGUGAAAGGCCUAAAUUACAUCCAACCAGAUUUUAAAACGUCUUUUAAAGUCAGAUCAGAUGGUUUUAAUGUAAUUCAAGAAGAGAAUUGGACCAUAUAUAAUUGAAUGAUAUCCUGAACU